AUGGGUGGCAUGUGUAUGUCUUCGUGUUGUGGUGGUGGUGGUGACGAUGAUGGUUCGAGUUUAAUAACACAUCUCAUCAUCAUUCUGGUCGUCUGUCUCUCUCUCAUGGCCGUCUGCACCUCCAAUGAACGCCGUACAGCCGUCCGUGUUGUCCGGUGCCGUUGACCGGUAUAUCAUCUGACAUCUAUAUAUCAAAUCACAACUCUACAAAAAAUAAAAAGAUUUCUUCGGAUUCUUUUUUUAUAAAUGUAUGUUUUGAUUCUUGGUUACUGAUAAAUAAAAGAUAUUUUGGCUUUGGUUCUU